CCUCUCAAGCGAUUUUUUGUAUAUCGGUUGUGAGUGGAUUACUUUUUGGAUUCACUAAGAAUAGAUCUUUGCAACGUGAUUUUUAAAAAUAUGCAUUUCCACGUAAUAUUUAGCGUUCAGCCGGCUAGCAGACGGAAUGCGCUACUGGUCCUUCUUUUGGCAACAAGAUGUAGCAUCCUGGCAAACAAAGCCGAAGAUGAAGAUUAUGAAGAUAUCCAGACAAACAAAACGUGGGUAAUGGCACCAAAGCUGCAUGAAGGUGAAGUUACACAGAUUCUGAACAAACUACUAGAAGGAUAUGACAACAAAUUAAGGCCUGAUAUAGGAGUAAGAACAACUAUAAUUGAAACAGACAUCUAUGUGAACAGCAUUGGCCCAGUGGAUCCAAUUAAUAUGGAAUAUACAAUUGAUAUCUUCUUUGCACAAACUUGGCAUGAUGAUCGAUUAAAAUUUAACAGUUCGGCAAAGGUUCUUAUGUUAAAUAGCAAUAUGGUUGGGAAAAUCUGGAUCCCAGAUACAGUCUUCCGAAACUCAAAAAAGUCUGAUGCUCACUGGAUUACAACACCCAAUCGGCUUUUACGGAUUUGGAAUGAUGGAAGAAUAUUGUAUACUUUAAGGCUGACAAUAAAUGCUGAAUGCUACCUUCAGCUUCAUAACUUUCCUAUGGAUGAACACUCAUGUCCACUGGUGUUUUCAAGCUAUGCUUAUCCCAAAAAUGAGAUUGAGUACAGAUGGAAAAAAAAUCCAGUUAAAGUUGCAGAUCAGCGAUACUGGAGACUCUUCCAGUUUUCAUUCAUUGGACUGAGAAAUAGUACUGGUGUAGCUCAAACACAGUCAGGAGAGUAUAUCACAAUGACAGUGUUCUUCAAUCUCAGCAGGCGGAUGGGGUAUUUUACUAUACAGACAUAUAUUCCUUGCAUACUUACAGUGGUUCUUUCCUGGGUGUCAUUCUGGAUUAAUAAAGAUUCUGUGCCAGCAAGGACAUCACUAGGAAUAACUACAGUUUUGACAAUGACUACACUAAGCACCAUUGCCAGAAAGUCAUUACCAAAGGUAUCGUAUGUGACGGCUAUGGAUCUUUUUGUAUCAGUAUGUUUUAUAUUUGUUUUUGCCGCUUUAAUGGAAUAUGGAACACUGCAUUACUUCACUGGUAACAGAAAAGUGAAGAAAGCUAAUAAAGUAAAGCAAAACAAGUCGAAAUCUGCAGCUGUUCAGUGCUUCCCAGGGUCAACAUUAGUUCACGUAAACAACAUCUCCCAUCUACGAGAGCAAAACGAGGAGUAUGGAUACCCAUGUCUGGAAGGCAAACACUGUGCCAGCUUUUUUUGUUGCUUUGAAGACUGUCGCAGUGGGACUUGGAAGGAAGGGCGAAUUCACAUCAGAGUUUCUAAAAUUGAUUCCUAUUCAAGAAUCUUUUUCCCUACAGCAUUUGCUUUAUUCAACCUUGUUUACUGGAUUGCCUAUCUUUAUCUGUAGACCAAACUCUGUUAGCAGUGCCAGUGAAUGUGGUAAUAUAAAGCAAAAAUCUGUAUGACAGGAAGAUGAACAGUAUUGUUUUCCCUGCUGAUUUUCAUUAACUUUUUUUUUUUUUUUUAACAGAAUGCCAUUAGUAUGUGAUAUCUAAAGUUUUCACCCAAAACAAAACACAAUAGGAAUAGUGAUAUUAGGUGCAAGUUCUUACUUGUAUUGACAUCUAAUAUGUGUAACGAGCAGAAAGCAGUUGAAGCAGCCAUUAUUUUAUUUAUGAAGAAAAUCAUAAUGUUUUAAAACGGAAUUACUAUUUAAUACAGUUUUAAUUCUUUCUGUUAAACAGGUAAAAGUCACUCAUUGCAGAAAUACAUGUAAAUUGUGUUCUGAGAAGAACCAUUACAGCAUUCUACUCUGUAUGAAUAAUAAUACAAAUACAUACAGGCCAUGUUAGUACAAGAUUGUCCGAAGGAGCCAGCAUUCAGGUCUGCCAGUGAUUCGUUUUCAGUGAUGGCAGUUUUAGUGAAAAAGCGGGUGUAGGGCAAACGUCCCACAUGGGAAGUUUGAAAACAUUGCUCCCAUUUAAGAAAAAAAGUUAGCUUGGUAGCAGUCAAUGACAUGUAUAAAUCAGUUACAUUAAAUAAAGCCAGUAAAUCUAGGUUCUGAGACAGCAGAAUUUAUCUUGAUAGAUUUUAGAUAAUACCAAUAUAGCAUAGAAGGAAAUGUUUCAAGUGCACUUAAAAAAGUUUAACACAUUAUGUAGAAUUUUCAGGACUUGAUUUUUUUUAAAAUUAAAAUAUUUUUCUAUAAUUUAUUUUAAAAAGGAGUUGGCAGAAUGACAUCUGUUUAAUGGAAUCAUAUUUUAAGUUAUUUUAAGUUUCAUACUUCUACAGAGUUGUGGUUAGAAAUGGAAUGUUUAUAAUAAGAUUUAGAAAAUAUUGCAGUGAACAAAAUAUUUUUAAAUAAUUUGCUUAAAUAGUAACUGCAGGUAUAUUUUUAAACAUAUAUUUUGACUAAGAUAAAAAAACAGUGACAGCAUUUCAUUUUACUAUCAGUUUUUGCACAUUUCAGUAAUGCAUUGAUUACAUUUUUGAACUGUUUUCUUUUUAUUUUUAGAAUUCCAGAAAACAGUUAUUCAACUCCUGCUUCAGUGCAUUGACUAUAGCUUAUGUUCAAGUUGCGUAAUUGUCUAUUACAGCAUUCCACAACUACAGUAUGUGGCUUGCUGACAUUUUCAUAAAUGUCUAGAUAUAAUUUUGUUGCUAUAAAUGAAUAUCACAAUAACAGCAUACUGUACCUCUUCUAACACACCAUAUUCUUUAUUUUCAUAGAGUGAGUAUAUGUAUAUUGGCCAUAUUUAACUAGGGCCCUGUGUGGCCCUUUACACAGGCCCUUUCCUAACUCAGAAUCCCUGUGCAUACUAAUCCCAUUUGAGUAGCACUGCUCAAGAUGAACUUGAAAGUUGGAAUUUAUUAUUAAGCUUGAAAAUUAAGCAGUAGUUCAGGUAAAAUCAUAAAGCAUGACAAAUUUAAAAACCUGCAUUCAUGAGUCAAAGAGACAGAGCAUUACAAUAAUUAUAACCUAGAUGAAACAAAUGAUUCUAUAGAGAACAACUAAUGAUGUUGAGAGGCAGUUCUGUCAAGCAACCCACUUUGUAAGAUCCAUUUUUAUACAGCCUAAAAUCCCAGAGAGCAAGUUCCAAUGGACACUGACUGCACUCUUUAAAUUGCCAGCAGCCGGUACCUGGCAGAGCAGAGGACACAUGUUGGACAGUGUGCAGCUUCUGUUGGGUGGGGGUGCAUUAUAUAGGGAUAAAUUAGCAAGGUGUAGAACUUUAUAUAUGAUAGAGGUGGAACUGACAAACAGGGCACUAGAGAAUGAUAUGAUGUGAUGUUUGGGCUAGUAAAUGGAUAGCUUGUUUUCCAAGAGCUGCUGGUGGUCACCUUCAUAGUCUACAAGUCCAAUAUAUAGGUAAUUACAGUAGCCCAUGCAUGAUGAAAGCAGGGUAUGCACAAUCACAGACAGGUUCACAGACAAAUAGCAGGUGUUUUUUUUUUUCAAAAAUACUAAAUAAAAGGUAAUCCUCUUCCUUAUAGCUGACUUUUCUGUUUGAGUGUCUGUUAUUCAUCAUGUUUAAUUAUGAGGUGACACACCUUAGACAUAAAUCAAAGUGUAUCACUCCUUUACACUAUAACGAGGGUUAGGAACUGAAGAUGAGUCCCUGAAAUGGCAUGUCUAGUCAUGGCAGCCAUAUUGGUGUAACAGGUUCACCCACUUUUUAACUAUUUACAAAGGAUAUAUUCAAACUGCUUGCAACAAUGAAAUGUGUGCAUGAUCUUUGCAUACAUAGAUAUAUACCAAGGUUCAGACAAUUAAUAUGUUAAAGAUUUUUAUGAGUUCAGACAUGUAAUGUUAAAGUUUUGCAUGCUUGACAUCUUCGAUGUUGUACUUUAAACUCUGAAUCCACAUGCAAUAAUUUGAAUAUUAAUGGAAAGUAUGUUCUGUGUAUUUACACCUGUUCAUGUGAGCAUUUUUGUUUUUGUUUUAGUCUUGGGUCUUUGUAACUGGCCAGUGUUAAACAGCUGAUGGGAAUUUUUAGAUGUAUUAUGUCCCUUAGUUCUUCAUUAUUCUUGGUUUUAUAUGACACAAUUAAUUCUCCUUCAGCAGUCUGUAAGUUAGUGUAUGCACAUUACUUACUUUAACAGUUUUUUUUUUCAUUUUUAUUAUAAUACAUUGAUGAUGUAUACAGCCAAUUUUGAUAUCACAGUUUUGAUUGAUUUCAGGAAAGAAUAUGCUUCAAAUUAAAUGUAUAAAUAUAUAUUUUA